CAGUCUGCAGGACCUCUUGCUUCGUCGGGUGACCCAUUUGUGUGCGCUCCCCCCCCCGCCCCGUUUAGAUUGAGGGACGCGGCUCCCCUCGAGUUUCCCCGUAACCUCGGGGCCACCGCGCAGUGUGCCCCCCUCCCCCAUCUCGAAUUCUCGGGCCCAGCACCUUGUACGGAAGGCCGAGGUUCAAGAACCCGGGAGUCAGUUGUUGCCGUCUUUUCCUGUCCGCUUUGUAAUGUAAUUCUCGUAGUCUGCCUCCCUUCACCCCUAAACCUUUCAGGACACCCUAGAACGGUCCCGUUUGGUCCCUGUUAGUUGGAAAGCAUCUGGUGGUUUGAAUUUCUGACUCAUACGAUUGUUGCUGGAGUCUGUAAACAAACCGGCACCAGCGCUAUCACGUUCUCUCCGGGAUUUCCCCCUUGCUCUGUGGCUUCUUGUUGAGAGGUUCGGUUAUGGGUUAGCUUUGAAAAGAUUCAGGUUUUACUUUCAAAUGAGUUUUACAUUUUAGCAGAACUGGGAGAUUACUUGCCUGGUUCAUUUCAUUUCUGUAACAAUGUUUGAAAGUUACUUGUUUAGUAGUCAGAUAAAUUUCCGUGGUUCUAAAUAGUUCGAGGAGGUCUGAAAAAUGUUAGCAUGUAUUAAUAAUUUUUUAUUAUAUUACAAUUUUUUAUUAUGUUUAGUAGAAGAGACACCUUUGCCAUUUAAACUUUAACUUUUCUCAGUCCUUCGGUGAAUCUGCAGACCUAUUUUCUCAGGAGCUCAGCCUGACCCUACUUCAGUGAUAAAGGAGGAAAGGUGUCCCUCCUUCAAAUUCAGCCUCAGUCCUGCUCUUGGAUUAUUUCUACUGCCUCGUCCUGGCCUAAUGCUGGCUACAGUAAAUAUCAUUCAAGAUGUCCAGCAAAGGGAGCAGCACAGAUGGCAAAACAGACUUAGCUAAUGGAAGCCUGUCUAGCAGUCCAGAGGAGAUGUCUGGUGCUGAGGAGGGGAGGGAGACAUCCUCAGGCAUUGAAGUGGAGGCUUCAGACCUGAGCUUGAGCUUGACCGGGGAUGAUGGUGGCCCCAACCGCACCAGCACAGAGAGUCGAGGCACAGAUACAGAGAGCUCAGGUGAAGACAAGGACUCUGACAGCAUGGAAGACACCGGUCAUUAUUCCAUCAAUGAUGAGAGCCAAGUCCAUGACCGCUCGGAGGAGGAGGAGGAGGAGGAGGAGCACCCUCGUCGUCGUGUGCAGCGCAAGCGGGCCAAUCGCGACCAGGACUCAUCGGACGAUGAGCGGGCCCUGGAAGACUGGGUGUCCUCAGAGACAUCAGCCCUGCCCCGACCUCGCUGGCAAGCCCUUCCGGCCCUUCGGGAGCGGGAGCUGGGUUCAAGUGCCCGCUUUGUGUAUGAGGCUUGUGGGGCAAGAGUCUUUGUGCAGCGUUUCCGCCUGCAGCAUGGGCUUGAAGGCCAUACUGGCUGUGUCAAUACUCUGCACUUUAACCAACGCGGCACCUGGCUGGCCAGUGGCAGCGAUGACCUGAAGGUGGUGGUUUGGGACUGGGUGCGGCGGCAGCCAGUAUUGGACUUUGAGAGCGGCCACAAGAGCAAUGUCUUCCAGGCCAAGUUCCUUCCUAACAGUGGUGACUCCACCCUGGCCAUGUGUGCCCGUGAUGGACAGGUUCGGGUGGCAGAGUUGUCAGCUACGCAGUGCUGCAAGAACACAAAGCGCGUGGCCCAGCACAAGGGGGCAUCCCACAAGUUGGCCCUGGAACCAGACUCUCCCUGUACGUUUCUGUCUGCCGGUGAAGAUGCAGUUGUCUUCACCAUUGACCUCAGACAAGACCGCCCAGCUUCGAAACUGGUGGUGACAAAAGAAAAGGAGAAGAAAGUGGGGCUGUAUACAAUCUAUGUGAAUCCUGCCAAUACCCACCAAUUUGCAGUAGGUGGACGAGACCAGUUUGUAAGGAUUUAUGACCAGAGGAAGAUUGAUGAGAAUGAAAACAAUGGAGUACUCAAGAAAUUCUGCCCUCAUCACCUGGUGAACAGUGAGUCCAAAGCAAACAUCACCUGUCUUGUGUACAGCCACGACGGCACAGAGCUCCUGGCCAGCUACAAUGAUGAAGACAUUUACCUCUUCAACUCCUCUCACAGUGAUGGGGCCCAGUAUAUUAAGAGAUAUAAGGGCCACAGAAAUAAUGCCACAGUAAAAGGCGUCAAUUUCUAUGGCCCCAAGAGUGAGUUUGUGGUGAGCGGUAGUGACUGUGGGCACAUCUUCCUCUGGGAGAAAUCAUCCUGCCAGAUCAUUCAGUUCAUGGAGGGGGACAAGGGAGGCGUGGUAAACUGUCUUGAGCCCCACCCUCACCUGCCUGUGCUGGCAACCAGUGGCCUCGACCAUGAUGUCAAAAUCUGGGCGCCCACAGCUGAAACUUCCACUGAACUUACAGGGUUAAAGGAUGUGAUUAAGAAGAACAAGCGGGAACGGGAUGAAGAUAGCUUGCACCACACUGACCUGUUUGAUAGCCACAUGCUCUGGUUCCUCAUGCACCACUUGAGACAGAGACGCCAUCACCGGCGCUGGCGAGAACCUGGGGUUGGGGCCACAGACGCCGACUCUGAUGAGUCUCCCAGCUCCUCAGACACAUCGGACGAGGAGGAGGGUCCUGACCGGGUGCAGUGCAUGCCAUCCUGAGGCCUCAUACCCAGGAGGGGUGGGCUGGGGCUGCCAACCCGAUCCUGCCUGGGCAGCCCUUUCCUGUGCCAGGCCCUAACAUUCAGCAGAAACGCACUUUGGACUUUUUUGCUUUAGAUUAAAAAAAAAAAAGACAUCCCAGGAGGACAAGCCAGAGGGGAGCAAACCUACAGAGAGCAUCUGGGAGUGGGAGUUGGACCCUGGAAUGGGGCUUCACGGAGAGGUGCAUAGACUCAGCAGAAGUGGCUUCUCCCUAAACCCUUUUCGGGGGGAAGGGAGAGCCUAUUUUAUUAACUGGUUUGGGGUAGGGAAUGGGGUUUCCUUUUCUUUGGUCUCCCUUGUUUCUUGGGUGGCGGGUGGGGGGAUAACUGGCUGUUCAGUACCAAGGGGCCAGACUGGGGGUGGUAGAAAUGCCACACUCUCUUUGGUUUAGGUUUUUGACUUUAUUUUCUUUAUUUUUUAAAAGUCUAUGACAGUUGCAUUGUUUUUUCUCCGCCCGCCUGACCCCCCGCCCCCGAGCAACCCCAUCCCAGGAUCCUGUUUUUCUGGGAAGUCUUUUUAAUAAGAGUCCCUAACCAUCCUACACUCUUCACUUUCCUUUCCACCCCAUUCAUUCUCUGAACUUGUCACAGUGUUUUGCACUUGAUUAUGUAUCCUUCACUUUCUUCUUUAUCUCAUCAUCCCCUCAGUAAGUCUGGUGAGGGAGGUCGGGGGGAGGUGGGAGGAGGGCAGAAGUGGAAGCAUAGGAAGGAUGUUACCUCCUCUCUGACUUUAAACAAAGUUGUGUGGUGGCAGCAAUCUCCCUGUCCCUAUCACUGUUAGAGGCCUAAUUUUAUAUCUAUAAAUAUAUUAAAAAGCAACUCAAAAUUGGGUGUAUCAUGUUAAAAUUAUUGUCAGAGUUUAAUUACCUAUAUAUUCUCAAUGACUGCAAUAAAGGGACUUACAGGA